CCCUCCUCAUGCCUGGCGCCCGUCGGUCACGAUCUCGCUCACCCUCAUCGCACCAUCGCCAUCACCAUCAGGGUGACAUCGUUCUAGCUGACUAUGGCAUCGAGAAAAUAAGUGAAGAUGAUUAUUUCCUCAAGAGUGACAACUUUCGUCUAUGGCUCAGACAGGACAAGGAUAAAUACUUUGACGAGCUGUCUGGUGACCAAGCCCGGUACUAUUUUGCCAAGUUUGUCAAGCGAUGGAACAGAGGCCAACUUAAACUACCUCUCUACCAGGUCGACAACAGCGCCUCUCCUGCACCAGCGUCUUCUCAAACCGCCUACAGAUGGUCUUUCGCAUCGAAAACUUCCAAAGCUGACCGAAAAGCCCUGGAAAAUGUUCGUGAACAGAUUGCUUCGGAUACGUCCAAUUCUCGGAAAACUUCCUUCGGCAAGCCUGCCUCAUCUUCGAUGACUCCACAUGAGCAUGCAACCGCGGGAAUUCGCUCUCCUAUCUCCACCAACAGGCGUAAGCUGAUAGGCCCCAGCAUGCCACAAGGUUCGGAUGCCCAACUCCUCGCUGAAGAGCAAUCGGAGUCUGCCACACUCCAUUUCAAAAUGUCGCGAAAACGUGCCCGUCAAGAAGAAUCUGAGCGUUUAGAUGAUGCUGUGCUGAUGGGUGGAGGUGCUGCUAAAGGUGAACGAUCCUUUCGGGAUGCAAGAGGCGACGACAGUGCGGGGUUUGAUAUGCGCGAUGAUGUCCUCAUGGGUAGUGGUAGUGCUGACAGUUUCAAAGCCGCGUGAGUACGAUGUUUCCGCUUAGGGUCUACCUGCUUUCGAUCCACCAUUCCUACCUUGGCUACACCCGCUAUCGCCUCGUGGUAGUGGCGACCCAUGUUGCUGUCAAAGCACGCCUUUUUUACUCUCCUCCACACUUUUUAUCACGUCAUUUUCCAUAACUGGACUCCUGUCAUCAACUUGGGGGUUCGGACUUUUGCGCUCCGAUUCGCACAGUGCCCCAGUUCUCGUGUCAGGUUUGACUUUUUGAGUUAUAUCGCCUCCCCCUUAUGGUGACUCGAUAUCAUCACAAAAAAGCCUCCUCAAACUAUCGAACCCCCUCCCCCCCUGAUCGGCUCAUUCAGUUGACCCACUUUGCACUCUCUGAUCUUGGACUUACAGGAUCGCAAGAAGGGACGCAGCUCGUGCCCGCGCCGAAGCAAGAUGGCAAGCCACACAGGAUGAACGUAGGGGAGGAAGUGGAAGUGGU